AUGAAGCUUUUUGAUGCCGCAUCAGGUCGCACAUACUACUGGGACAAAGCGAACAACGUGACUACGUACGAGAGACCCGCUCACAGCCGCUCGACGCAGUCCGGGGACGUGACGGUGCUGCCAGCGGAGGAGUACCUCAGGAAACAUGACCUGACGGUCCACGGCCAGGGCCCUGGUGACCAAGUGCCCGACCCCAUACAGACGUUUGAGUCGGCCGGUUUCCCAUCAGAUAUUUUGAGCGAGAUCAAGCGCGCCGGCUUCAAGGCGCCAACGCCGAUCCAGGCGCAGGCCUGGCCCGUCGCCCUCACCGGCCGCGACUUGGUGGCGAUUGCCAAGACCGGCAGCGGCAAGACCUGCGGCUUCCUGCUGCCCGGCAUGAUGCACAUCCGCGCGGUGCGCCGGGACUCGCGCUACGGGCCCGUCGUGCUGGUGCUGGCGCCGACGCGCGAGCUGGCGAUGCAGAUCAAGGAGGAGGCCGACAAGUUUGGCACGGUGGCCGGCAUCCGCAACACCUGCGUCUACGGCGGCGCGCCCAAGGGGCCGCAGCUGGGCUCGCUGCGCCGCGGGUCGGAGAUUGUGAUCGCGACGCCCGGGCGGCUGAACGACUUUUUGGAGGGCAACCAGGUCCAGCUGGGCCAGGUGUCGUACUUGGUGCUGGACGAGGCGGACCGCAUGCUGGACAUGGGCUUCGAGCCGCAGAUCCAGCGCAUCGUGGCGCGCCUGCCUCGCGAGCGCCAGACGCUGUUCUUCAGCGCCACGUGGCCCCGCGAGGUCAAGCAGAUUGCGUCGCAGUUUGUGACGCGCGCAACUGUGCACGUUUUUGUGGGCGCCGUCGAGGAGAAGCUCGUGGCCAACAAGUCCAUCACCCAGAACGUGAUCCUCUGCAGCAGCCACGAAAAGAUGGGCCACCUCCAGCAGAUCCUGCGCUCCAAGAUGGGCCAGCGCGUCAUCAUCUUCUGCUCCACCAAGCGCAUGUGCGACCAGCUGGCGUGGUCGAUCGGCCGCGAGUACAACGCGGCCGCCAUCCACGGCGACAAGCGCCAGCAGGAGCGCGACUACGCGCUGGCCGCGUUCAAGGACGGCAGGCAGCCUGUGCUAGUGGCGACAGACGUGGCGGCGCGCGGGCUGGACGUGAAGGAUGUGGCGGCGGUCAUCAACUAUGACAUGCCGCCCGGCAUCGAGGAUUACGUGCACCGCAUCGGUCGCACGGGCCGCGCCGGCGCGACGGGCGAGGCAUACAGCUUCUUUACCGGGCAGGACUCCAAGUGCGCGCGCGACCUGGUGCAGCUUUUGCGCGAUGCGGAGCAGGUGGUACCGCCACAGCUGGAGGAGAUGGGGCGCUUUGGCGGCGGCGGCGGCGGCCGCAACCGCUGGGCCGGCGGCGGCGGCGGCGGCGGCGGCGGCCGCGGGGGCUAUGGUGGCGGCGGUGGUUACGGGGGUGGAUACGGUGGCAGCGGCGGCGGCGGGUACGGCGGGGGUGGCGGCGGCGGUUACGGCGGCGGGGGUCUGACAGGCGCCAACAAUGCGCCGCUGGGCACCGGAUCCGGCAGCAUGUAUGGUGUUGCUGGCGGCAGCGACUACGGCCGUGGUGGCGGCGCGGGCCGCGACCAGGAUCCUCUGUACGCGCGUGACCGCUCGCCGCGCAGGGACCGUUCGCCGCGUCGCGACCGCAGCCGCGAGCGCGACUACAGGCGCUAA